AUGCUUUCUUUCUGUAGGAAUACUAGGUUGGGCCCUUUCCUGAUUAAUGUGGGAAGGAACUUAUUACCUUUGAGGAUGGAUGCCUUUUGAUUAGAAAUAAUUCAAAGUAACAAAACCUUCUGGUAAAAGCUUCAAAGUCAGAAAAUGAGAUACAAAGCUUCUUUGGUAAUGAGGAAACGAUUACGACUUUACCGAAACAACCUCAAAGAGUCAAGUAGCAGCUCCGGACACCAUGGGCCCCAGCUCGCUGCUGCCUCCAAUCCCGCGGUCAUCCCGCGCCUUCCAGAACAGCUUUCCAAGGCCUAUCCCAGCGGUUCUUUGAGCGGACUCCUGCGUCUGGGGCUCCCCGGAGACAUGUAUGCGCGGCCUGAACCCAUAGCGCAGGGACCGGUGGCCCGCACCGACGCUCUGGCAGCUGCCGCGGCCCUCCACAGCUACGGGGGCAUGAACCUGACAGUGAACCUUGCCUCACCCCACGGCCCCGGAGCCUUCUUCCGCUACAUGCGUCAGCCCAUCAAACAGGAGCUCAUCUGCAAGUGGCUAGCCACCAACAGUCCCGCACCCCAGCGUCUCUGCUCCAAAACUUUUAGCACCAUGCACGAGCUGGUUACACACGUCACCGUGGAACACGUCGGCGGCCCGGAGCAGGCCAACCACAUAUGCUUCUGGGAGGAGUGUCCGCGACAGGGCAAGCCCUUUAAAGCCAAAUACAAACUUGUAAAUCACAUCCGUGUGCACACGGGGGAGAAGCCCUUCCCUUGUCCUUUCCCGGGGUGUGGGAAGGUCUUUGCUAGAUCAGAAAAUCUCAAAAUACACAAAAGAACUCACACAGGGGAAAAACCCUUCAGGUGCGAGUUCGAAGGCUGCGAACGGCGCUUCGCCAACAGCAGCGACCGCAAGAAGCAUUCACACGUACACACGAGCGACAAGCCAUACACGUGUAAAGUACGCGGUUGCGACAAAUGCUACACGCACCCCAGCUCCCUGCGAAAGCACAUGAAGGUUCAUGGGCGCUCGCCGCCGCCGCCUAGUUCUGGCACUGACUCGGCCACGCUGUCUACCCUCGUGUCGUCCUCGUCUGACUUCCGCCGCGAGCCCCUAGUGGCCUCCUCGGCGGUGGUGGCUGCGCGUGGCGACCUGAGCUAA